CAGGCCUCUCGACUUGAGCCGUGGCCCGUGGCGUGCCCCGCAAAAGGCGAAGAGGCCGGAGAGAAAGCGCGAGGCGGGGGCGGAGCGAGCGACCGCGUCAGGUCAGCCAUCGAUCGCCACCUCCCACCCCAUCCCCACACCCGCGCGCGCCGGCGAGCGAGCGAGCGAGUCGGAUCGGGGGAAUGGCGACCGAGGAGGACGCGGCGGCGGAGGCGGUGCAGCUGAUCGACGGCGAGGGCGAGUUCGCGGCCGAGUCCGCGGAGCGGUUCAUGGCGGCCGCGGGCGUCGCCGGAUGCGGCCUCUCCUACGCCGUCGUCUCCAUCAUGGGGCCCCAGAGCAGCGGAAAGAGUACCUUAUUGAACCAACUCUUUGGAACUAAAUUUAACGAGAUGGAUGCAUUCAGGGGAAGGAGCCAAACUACCAAAGGCAUCUGGAUAGCACGCUGUAUUGGUGUCGAGCCUUGCACUGUUGUAAUGGAUUUGGAGGGUACUGAUGGGAGAGAAAGAGGAGAGGAUGAUACUGCAUUUGAGAAGCAAAGUUCGUUAUUUGCUCUUGCCAUUUCAGAUAUAGUUCUGAUUAACAUGUGGUGCCAUGAUAUUGGUCGGGAGCAAGCUGCCAAUAAACCACUUUUAAAGACAGUAUUUCAGGUCAUGAUGCGUUUGUUCAGUCCACGGAAAACAACACUUUUAUUUGUUAUACGUGAUAAAACCAGGACUCCACUUGAACAUCUUGAACCAGUUUUAAGGGAAGAUAUUCAAAAGAUAUGGAACUCGGUUCCUAAGCCAGAGGCACACAAGGAUACCCCUCUCAGUGAAUUUUUUAAUGUGGAAGUCACUGCAUUGUCCAGUUUUGAAGAAAAAGAAGAGCAAUUCAGAGAGCAGGUUCAACAACUUAGGCAAAGGUUUGCAAAUUCAAUUGCACCAGGAGGUCUCGCAGGUGAUAGGAGAGGAGUGGUUCCUGCUUCAGGUUUUUUGUUUAGUUCACAACAGAUUUGGAAAAUUAUCCGAGAGAACAAGGAUCUUGAUCUUCCCGCUCACAAGGUAAUGGUUGCUACAGUUCGGUGUGAUGAAAUUGCAAACGAGAAGUUUGGCAGCCUAACGUCAGAUGCAGCAUGGCUGGAUUUGGAGAAUGCUGUACAGACAGGUCCAGUACAGGGUUUUGGGAAAAAACUUGGCUAUAUUGUGGACGUUCACAUGCAAGAGUAUGACAAAGAGGCUGUCUAUUUUGAUGAAGCUGUUAGGAAAGCCAAACGACAACUGCUGGAAUCUAGAAUACUAAAUCUUGUCCAACCUGUAUUCCAGAAAAUGUUGAGUCAUCUACGUACUAAGGCUCUUGAAAAAUUUAAAACCGGACUUACUCUAUCUCUGGAGAGUGGAAAAGGUUUUGCAGCAGCUGCUCGAGAAACAACUGAAUCCUCUCUACACGAGUUUGAUCAAGGGUGUGCAGAUGCUACAAUCAAGCAGGCAGACUGGGACUACUCUAAAAUGCUAGAGAAAGUUCGGCGUGAUAUUGAAGACCAUGCACUUUCAGUUCGUGAAAGCAAGCUAUCAGCACUAACAAGCCGUGCUAAGGAGAAACUAAGAAAAGGACUAGUUGAACCUGUGGAGUCUCUUUUUGAUGCUGCCGGACAAACAACCUGGGCAUCGAUAAGAAACCUUUAUAAACGUGAGACAGAAGCCAUUCUGCCAGAGUUUUUGAAAACUCUUUCUGGGUUUGAAAUGGAAAACACAUUGUCAGAAGAAAUGGUCUCAAAAUUAAGGGAUUAUGCCCAAAGUACAGUGGAAAAUAAAGCUAAAGAAGAAGCUGGCAAAGUUUUGAUGCAUAUGAAGGAGAGGUUUACAACGGUGUUUAGUCAUGACAAGGAUUCAAUUCCAAGAGUCUGGACAGGAAAUGAAGAUGUCCGUGCAAUAGCAAAGGAUGCUCGAUCUGCUGCUCUCAAGCUUCUGUCUGUAUUAGCUAUCAUCCGCUGGGAUGACAAUCCAGACAGGAUUGAAAACAUGCUCACCUCAACACUUCUGGAUGGUUCUGUUGAAGCAAAGAGUUCAAGUGCUUCUCAUAGCGACCCACUUGCUUCAACUACUUGGGAAGAGGUUCUUCCAAAGCAUACACUUAUUACUCCAGCUCAGUGCAAGUCACUGUGGAAGCAGUUCAAAGCAGAAACUGAGUUCACCAUUACACAAGCAGUAUCGACACAGCAAGCUCAUAGGCGAGGUAAUGGCAGACUGCCUCCUCCUUGGGCGAUGGUUGCUAUUGCUGUUCUUGGUUUUAAUGAGAUUAUGACGCUUCUGAGGAAUCCCAUAUACUUGUUCUUGCUAUUUGUGGGUUAUUUACUUACCAAAGCUUUAGCAGUGCAGCUAGAUAUUGGCAGAGAAUUCCAAAAUGGCAUGGUUCCUGGGAUCCUCUCUGUUUCAGCAAAACUACUACCUACAAUGCAGAAUCUUAUAAACAAAGUCGCAACUGAUCAACAACAACAAGGGCAGCAGCAGCGUCACCAUCCUCAGGCCGCAGAAGCUCCGGAGCCGCAGCCACCCCCUCCCCCACUACUCCUGAGCCCCAAAAGCUCGAUGAACGAACUGCGGAGGCUACACGUGCCGUUUAGCCCGGUGCGCAGAGCAGCGUCAUCUCCAUCACCCUCCUCGUCACCUAUGGCAUCACCCAGAAAAUCCACCGAGGUCCAAAAACCGAGACGAGCAGUAGAGCCUGACAACGAGUCUCACAGUGAGUACUCGAUAGUGUGAUCUCCGAGGGGGGUUUAGCUGCUGUGUACAGUCCAGUUGGAAGGUAUGAGCAUUUGAGUGCAUGUAGCAAAUGAUGUUUUGUCGGUAGAUACCCAGAGAGAAUAAAUGUAGCACCCUUCUCUCGCGAAAUUUUGUAAGGAUGGCUAAAUUUGUAGACAGGAAUACCAUUUCAUCAGCAUCAGCAUGUAUAGAAGAACUAUAGAAACAUACAGGAAAGGAAUCUACUUCGGUUCAAACCCAGGACAUAUCCAGUGACAACCAGACUUUGUCAUAGUUUUGCAAUCUAUAUAUAUACUGGUUGCCAGACUCA